AUGAAGCUCAUCACCAUCGCCGCGCUAGUCCUCCUCACUCUGGCUACCGUCUCAACUGCUCUCCCCACUGGUCCCACUCGCCCCACUUGCAUCGGAGACCUCCUCGAUCCGUCCAAGCCCGCUUCCCCUCAGGCCGUCCACUCCGCCAUGAGGGAAAAUCGCGAGCCCGGCUAUAGGGGUACCUGGGAAGACGACGGCAAAGGGCACCCUCGGGGGGUACACAAGUGGAUUCCAGGUGACCCUAUCCCCGAGAAACUGCCCGUGAGCUGGCCGCCUAAAGAACGCCGCCAGGAGCUACAUGGGGAUGUCCCUAAUGUGUGGGUGUUGGAUGAUGGCGGGAUCGUCGUUGAUGAUCCAUUCGCAACCGAAGAGGCUAUGAGCAAGCAAAAGGCACAGCACGAUUAAGACAUUCAGUAAACAUGCUCCAGCAGCUUCGGGCGAUUAUAGGGCGGUCGUGAUCCCUUCGUGAGAGUUUCGUUCUAAAGUUGAGGGUGGAAUGGGACAAUCGACUUGCCGGCUUCUGAACUUCUUAGAGGUGCACUUCUCUUUUUAGUAACAUUUCCUUUUCAUAAAACAUUACUGGAGGUUCCUUAAUGUACCUUGUAAUGGGUCUCAGACACAGUAUUGGCCUAGGUUUCGGUAUUUUCAUAUGCUAUCGUUAGACAAUAUCCUCCUC